AUGGAGGAGGACGACGGAAGGUACUGGCUGAUCUUCUCGGAGCUCGAAGGUCAAGAAGCCCUUGGGGAAUCCGGCGGCUCGGUGGUCUCCGUCUCGGAGGCGGCUCUGUCCGAACUCCAGGUGCUGCUGGACGAUGGUGAUCGCGAUGGCGUUGAGCUCUGGGACCGUCUCGUGGCGAGGAAUCUGCCGUCGUCGAGCAUCGUCCGAUGGAUCGCCGCCGGGAUGGACAGUCCUGUUUCUCGUGCCUCUCUCCUCGCUUCUCGCGUCUACCUCUCUGCGCUGCUCUCUGCCUCUGCCCCUAUCUAUACCCUGUUCAACCCUCUCGCAUUUCUCUCCCUUCUCCGAUCCUUACGCCGCUCCCUCAAGAUCCAGCCAGGUGGAUCUGAAUCCUUUCCUGCUGCGGAAUCCUCUCGUGAAACCAAUCACCGGAAGAACGCCAGCAGGAAGAGGGGGGGAGGUGGUGCGAGUACGUCGCACAGGUUCGGUGGGCGGGAUACCGUAGACCAGGAUAUGAGCAUUGAAGAAUUGCUGCUGCAAGUCCUCGAAUUUCUGGAGUUGGUUCUCGACAAGGUUCGACUCGACACGGUGCCCGAUGGGGUCAAGUCCCUAGUUGAGACCAUGGCAGGAAUCCUCAAGAAUCCGAGUGCACCGCAUCACCGCUUGUCUGAUUCAUGCUUUCGCAUACUCUAUGGCCUGGUUUCAAGGCCUCAGCAUGGUGAUCAGUCGCAAGCGGCCAUUGAAGUGAUGAGAGUACUGGUACCUAUGGUCUUUCUGCCUCUCAAAUCUCCCACAAGGUCUGCUGUACUGGGCUUUUUAACUCAUCAGCUAGCGGGGAUGGCGAGAGAGAAUGGUGAAAUCAGAAAAACGCUACUUUACUUGCCGAGGUACCUUGCUAUGAAGGCUCCAGAUAAGUCUGAGCCAAGAGCAUCUGCAGUAGAUGCCAUCGUAGAGAUUUUGAGGAUAAUGGAGUCAGAGGACCAGGUUGCUUUUGUAGAAUACGUCAACAAGAUGGCCCAGGGAAAGGCACAACUCAGGUUUUUAGCGGUUGACUUGAUCCUUUCGCUGUUGACAACAUUGCCCAAUCCACUGGGAGUUGAUAGCCCUGACAACUACUGCGCUGAUGGAACCUGUACGUGGUGGGGCAUAAGAUGCCUACAAGCUCUUUUCCAACGUUGUUCUGAUGUUUCAGCCGUAAUUCGAGCUCGGGCACUGACAAACCUGGCUCAUGCGAUUGGAUCUUUAUCUGAAAAUAUUAAUAAUCACCCCUUGCUGCAAAGUUUCAUCACAUCGAGGUAUGAGAAGUUUAACAAUUUGCUGAAAAAAAGGUGUUUGGAUGAGAAGGCUGCAGUGAGGAAGGCUACACUACUACUCGUCACUAAAUAUACGUUGAUGACCGGGCAACCGAUAGAUGAGAUAAUUCUGAAGACUAUUGGACGUGCUUGCUCUGACCCAUUGAUCAGUAUUCGAAAAGCUGCUGCUUCAGCUCUAUCAGAGGUACCUGCCUCUAUUUCUUCUUUUAUGAAAUUAUUUUUCCGUUAUAUAAGAUUUUUCCAUAUUGAAGACUUGUUAUGUUCUCAUUGGUUUGUAGGCAUACAGGAAAUUCAAGGAUAGCAGAGUGAUCAAAGAAUGGCUGCAUGCUGUUCCCCCUCUGAUUAUGGAUAAUGAGACAAGCAUCCAAGAGGAAUGCGAGAAUCUUUUUCUUGAACUGGUCUUGAACUGGAUAUCUGCUGUUGGGAAUGCAAAAAUCAUAUGUGAUCCACCAAAUCUCGAAUCAGUUUACUCCCAAGAUGUCCUGGCUCUGUUGAGAGGGACAUGUGAUUUCGAGGUGGCGCCAUACGUAAAGAAGAUAUGCGCAAGCCUAGGAAAGAAAAGAAAGCUGAAGAAUUCAAUAGCUACGUCACUUCAGAAUAUUAUUACGAUUUCCGAAUCAAUUUGGACGAAAAAUUCUAUGCGUAUAGAAAAGUGGACAGCUCCGCCGGGUGCUUGGUUUAUUCUUUCUGAGAUUUCUCCUUUCGUUUCAGAGGCAAUAAAUUGGAAAUUCCUCCAUCACCACUGGGAGCUUCUUGAUCAGGCUUGUUCCAUGGACAUGAAUGGGAGUGUAGAUAAAUUGGAACCCACAUCUGUCAUGUGGGCUGGAGACAGAGUGUCACUCUUACAGACAAUCUCCAACGUUUCUCGGGAGCUGCCUAGUAAGCCUGCAGCAGAAUUGGGUCAUAACCUGCUUAAUCGUAUUCAAAAUUUUAAUAUGCAUUUCACUGAGGUAAGCAAAACCUUCCCGCCAAAACUAUUACACGUUCCUCUGUCAUACAGAUAUACAAAGCUCUGAUCUUAUUAUGUCCUGGCAUAGACUGCCUAUUUAAGCUAUACUUUUGGUUCUCGCAUGGGAUGUACGAGCCAAUUUUUUUUGUAUUGCCAAUGUAAUUACAUGCAAUGUUUGUGCAGACAAAUCUCAUAUUUAGUAGAUUUAGAACAAGGAAACGAAGAUUUUAAGUUUUAAGCUCCUGUUAUCUACCAUGGCACUACUCUCCACAAUCCUAUGUUGCCUUCACAUUCCUAGUAAAUUUACUUUCUCCCAACAUUCUACUCUUUUAUUUUCAAUGGAUUUCUGCUACCUAAUACUUCAGUCAUGGUGAGGAAAAUCCCCAUUUCUUUAUUCGUUUGUCAAGACGUGCAAUUCUUCUAAAAUUCAUGUCACUGUCAUCAAGAUGUGCAUUGCUUGUUAGUAACCCAUUUGACUACUUAUUGUUUCGGAUGACAAUAUCUUUACCCAGGCGAAGUCCAGGGUAGCAGAAAUCAUUCUUCUCUCUAGUCAUUUAAGCACAGGUUCGUCUAACACUAAACCAUCCAUGAAACACCAGUUUGGAGAUUGGUCUCUUGUUAAAGCCACAUCUGGAUUUUUGUUAAUGCUAUUACAGUCUAUGGUAGGAAUUAGUCAACUACUUCCGCCAGGUUUUACAGAAAAUACCCAUAUUCUCAUCUUUAUAAUUUAAGAUAUAUUUUCAAUGAAUUUUAAUUUUUCUAGCCCCAAUAUCUUCACUGAAUGCACAUUUAGCACUUUGGUUAAAAUGACCCAGAAACAUGUUUCUUCAAAGAUUGGAAGCCAUAGAAUCCAGUAUGCCAAUAUGGACGAUUUUUCGACAUGCCUGCUAUUUAAACUUGAAAACGUUCUGUGUAAGUUUCACAUAAUGCUUUUAAGAAUUAUGAGAGUCCUCUCACAUUGUUGCAGAUUUUUUUAAUGUUCGUACUUCUGAUGAAUCGAAACGAUACAUAAUGAUUAUUUUCAUAGAAAAUUGUUCCAUGUCCGCUAGCUUAUUAUCAUCCAUGUUCAACCUCUUCAUUCAUCUCAGUUUUGAGAAGGUUGAUGCACUGUGAGGAAGCCAUUAAACAAUGAUAAUCCUCGGAUUUUUGUUUUAAAUCCUGUGCAAAAGGUAUGUGAAAAAAAUGUGGCAUCCAGUUUCAUAAACGAAACAGAUAGAUACAGUCGUCAUCUGAUCUAAUCUAUUUUUAUAAUGAAUAUGUCAAAAUUUUGUGCGAAACAAUAAAUUUGCUGUCAUUCAUGAGAUUAGUCUCAUGAGUAAAUCUCCGAGUCUAAAUUAUCUUCCUCUAGUCCUAUGAUACUGGUUUCCAAUUGGAUUGGCUAUUCCCAGCCUAGUGAAUACAGACCGAGUAUAAAGAAUGUGGCAUAAUCAUCGAAGGUUCUUUUCUUAUUUUUCCAUCUCCUAAUUCUCAAAACCUCACAAUUUUAAGCAGAAUAUGUAAUCCUGUGGAGAUGUUUUUCUAUGUGGCGAGACCUCUUUUGAAUAAUUUUUUUUCCUCCAACAGAAUACUAGUUUCAUUCUGGCAUAUUAUUGUUGCUGCAUUAUUGAAAAUGUGAAAGGCUUAUUUUUGUUUUUAUCUCCUUUGCAUAUUGUUAAAGAACAGUUCCAUCCUCCCCCUUUCUGCGCUUGUUGAUAGGUCGAUGCUCAUGUAAAGGCGCUCACAACAUUAUGCAAGCGGAAGGCUACAAAUAAUCAUGAGGGUGACGCUCUUGUAUUGAAAUGGGUGGGUCAGGUAUUAUUCAAAGCCCUGGAAACUCUUGAAUACUAUAUUGGUGAAGUCUCACGAGAUAAAGAUGAUGGUAAUUUACGAACCCCGUUGGGUAAUAAGAAGAAAGGGACAACAGCAUCACCAUCCUUGUCACAAGCGGUGGUUGCAGUGUUCACUAUUGGAUCAAUGGUCCUUGUCUGUCCAUCUGCUGAUCUAAAGGGAGCCAUUCCCAAGUUACAUGCUAUCAUCAUUCCUCCAGACACUGAUCAGAAAAGAAAAGAACUUACAGGGUUGACAGUUGCCAUGAAAGAGAUCGCUCCAUCCUUGUACAUCCAAUCAUGGGUAACAAUGGGAAAGAUAUGCCUUGUGGAUGACAAACUUGCAAAGCGCUACAUCCCACUGUUCGUACAGGUUUGGGCUAAAAAAAUAUUUCUCCUAAUUAUUAAAUUGUUUGAAUCGCUAUUAAGUUCGAAAACUUGUUUGCUUAUUGACUUAGGAGCUUGAGAGGACUGAGUCAGCUGCUCUUCGGAACAAUAUAAUGAUCUCAAUGACGGAUUUUUGCGUUCGGUAUACUGCAUUAGUUGACUGGUAUGAAAGACAUGUAACGUAUCUCAUUCUUUGACAAUGUAUAACUCAGUAUUGGUCUCUAGUGCUAAAAACAUCAGUUUUUAUGUGGGUAUUGCAAAAUCCGAUUUGUGUCUCUUACUACACUGGUAAACUCAGACUGCUUACAUUUCAAGUUCAUGACUAGAGUUCACCAAAUUGUGCAGUGGGGAUAGAUUUAAUUAGUUUACAAUGCACAGACUGCAUGAAUAUGAUUUAUUAUUUUCUUCUUUGGGGUACAGGCAUGAACACAAGUAAUGAAAAUGACACACGAACACAUAAUUAUUGAAAACGAAAGAGAGCAUAAGAGUGCUCCAUUGAAUGUAGGCAAACCGAUGCCUGUGUGAGCAUUAGAUGAAUUGACACCAUGUUUGAGGUUGAUUGAUUGCAACGGAGGUUUGCUGAUUAAAAAAAAGUUAUGAUCCUUGAACUGAUAAAGUCCCAGCUUUGUGGCAAAUUUGUAGUGAUUCUCAUAAUCUGUGUUGUAGUCCUAUAGUAGACAAGAUAAAUAUUGUGAGAUUGCUCCACAUAAUCUUGUGGAGCAAUCUUGUGGUAAUCGAGUGAGAUUGCUCCACAUGUUGCCCAUUGGUUCUGAGCUGGGUUUUCAAAUAUUUUAGCUUACCAUUGCAACAUAAUCACUGUAGGUUGUGUGUGCUUAAUCUCUUUUGUCUGUGUGAUGAUGUUUAAAAGUUGACCUGCUCAUAAGGAGUAACGCUAAGAAUUGUACACAUUAGAAAUAAUAAAAUAUGAAACAAGUCCAUUCAACGCGAAUCAGCUUCGUGCUGGAUAGCAUAAUACUUUAAGGGGAUAUUAUAUUUAAAAGGUUGAAGACUAGCUUCGCAAUUUUUUCUUCUUAUUUGGUAUUUCAAAACUACUAACUUAAAGUUUUAUGAUUGUAACUGAUGUCUCAGAAAUAUUGAUUGCAUAUGCUCUAUAAAUCUCUGUAGCAAGGUUGAUCAGAAAAAAAAAAUCGUAAUUGCCAACACAACUCUGAAUAGCUGUCCUGCCACCUCUCUGUUAGUUAUAGUCAUAUCCUGGAAUGCAUUUUUUCUUCUGUCGGUUGAAAUUGCAUGGGUUACUUUGUGUUCAGGCGAGGUUGCUUAGAUAUAUUGGUAAUGUAUACUUACUGCCCAGAGAUUUGGAGAAAUUGGAUUCAUGAGGCCAAUUUUCUGUGCUAACCCCCUCAGCAUAAUCAUACUUUUCAUCGCUCAUCACAAGCUCCAUUCGACCGCACAGCCAUUCAAACUGGUUUUUUUUUUCUUGUUUUACAGUUAUAUUCCAAAUAUCACCAACUCGCUGCGUGACCCGUGUGAGAUUGUCAGAAGACAGACCUUCAUCCUCCUCUCAAGACUAGUACAGGUUGGUCUGCGCUCUUGACCUCUUCACCCACGCCAUUUUCCCAUUGUUUGCUAGAUGACGCAGCGUUUGCAUGGUUCUCUCCCAGAGAGACUACGUAAAGUGGAAAGGCGUCCUCUUCCGGCGGUUUCUCUUGACUCUCGUCGACGAAUCUGAGAAGAUCAGGCAUCUGGCGGACCACCUUUUUGGAAGCAUCAUAAAAGGUCAGGCAGGCUGCCUCCGCCAUCAUCACUGGAAUUUUCAACUGAUCAAGAGCAGAAAAUUAACCCAGUUCCUGCUGUUCUUGGUCAGUCAAAGCGCCACUUCUUGCAUACAACAGCUUCAUAGAAGCCAUCUUCGUCCUCAACGACUGCCGCUCCCACUCCGGGCACUGUGAGAGCCAUGGGAACUCGCCAACCAGCAGCCAGCUUUUCUCGAUCAGGUGAAAAAACUCUGCAAAUCCAGUUCCAGAAUACCAAGAAGAAGGCGAUGGUGAGAACCCAUUUAUGGUCUUACUUCUCUCUUUGCAGGGGGAGUGACGAGAAAUCUCGGGCACAGAGGAUGCGCAUUUACGUCUCUCUGCUGAAGCAGAUGGCCCCAGAGCAGCUGCUGGCAACCUCCGCGAAGCUGUGCGCCGAGAUCCUCGCGGCCGUGCCGGAUGGGUUGCUCAACAUCGACGACGCCGCCGGGCAGUCCGUUCUCCAGGUAGAUGGAGAUGAGUCAAAUCGUCGACUAGUUGGUGGCUUUGAGAAAAUCUCAGAGAUGGGCUACGUACGCCUCUGCAGGAUGCUUUGCGGAUCCUCGCCUGCAAGGAGAUGCGCCUUCAGCACACGCGCGGCGGCGAGCCGGCGGAAGCGGAGGAGGAGGCGGCGGCGGACGGCGGCGCCGGCGCCGCGCAGGCGGCGAAGGGGAGGGCGGUGACGCAGGCGUCCAAGAAGAACCUGAUCCAGCACGCGGUGCCCAUCUUCAUCGAGCUGAAGAGGCUGCUGGAGAGCAAGAACAGCCCCCUCACCGGCUCUCUCAUGGAGUGCCUCUGUGUCCUCCUCAAGGACUACAAGAGCGAGAUCGAGGACAUCCUCGUCGCCGACCGGCAGCUCCAGAAGGAGCUCGUCUACGACAUGCACAAGUACGACGCCGCCAGGGCCAAGUCCAGACUCGCCGGAGCCGACGGUGCCGCGGGCGAGAGGGUCGCCUCGGCGGUGGCGGACGCCGCCGCGCGGGCGACUGUCCGCUCGGUGCUCAAGGAGGCGAAGCGGGACGCGCCCACCCCGCCGCUGAGCGCCAUGAGUUUGCCCAAGGUCAGGUCCGCAGCCGCGGGCGGCGGCGCCACCGGAGCUGACCGGCCGAGGGAGCUGCUGGAGUCCCUUCGGAAGAGGCAGUCCUUCGACUCCGACGACGACAACAACUAG